AUGGAACCACAACGGCCAACAGCUCCCCAAUACACCUUAGAUGUCUUCGCCGAUCCGACCUGCGUAAAAGAUGUCUGCAAAGCCAUCCUCCACACCAUCUUCUUCCACCGCUACUUCACCCCCAUAGCCCCCCUCACCCGCGACCUCCUCGAUCUCACCCUCCCCGCCAUCGACGACGUCGACCUCGAGACCCAAAUCGACCAGCGUGCCGCCGCGCUCGUGCGGGAAAUCGACACCGCCGACUCCGCGGGCGGCUCCGCGUCGCGCGGCCGCGGGCAGCUAGCAAUCUUGUUCUACGAGAAGCGGAGGCGGAAGGCGUUUUUCUUCGGGAAGAACGAGGAGGAGAUCUGUUGGGAGCGGUGGAUUUUGGACGUGACGGUGGGAACACCGCGGACGGAGACGGAUCGGAUUAAGGUUCGGAAAGCAAUGGAGAAGUCCCUGCAGAAGACCGCGAUGAAGAUUGUCAAUAUUGUCAAUCGGGAUAAAGAUCAUAUUCCGCCCAUCACGACCACGGAAUCGAAUCCGUUCCCGUACCAGAUUUUGGUGAACCCGAAGAGCGACGGAUGGAGUCAGCGGAUGGGCAUUUUCCAAUCAUGA